AUGAUGAAUGAUAUCAAUAUCUACGCUGCUGCUGCGCUGCAGGAGCAGCAGCGGCACUCGGAUAGUAGCCAGCUUCGAUAUACGGAUCAGGAAAUCUUUGAUCUGCUUGACUUUUGCAAUCGAGCUCGAGGGCCAGAGGAUCCCUUGUGGCGACGGGUACUGCAAGAACUCAAGCUGUUGGAGACCAAGAAGGUCCAUCUCUUUGCGACCCACAAGGACGAGCAUCAUCACCACCGGACACCUCUUCACCAGGCGUGUGCGCACGAUGCUCCGGUCGAAUUGGCAUCAGCUCUGUUGGACAUUGCACCCGAUACGGCCAAUUGGGAAGACGCCGCGGGAAUGCGUCCACUGCAUUUGGCCUGCCAGGCAGGGGUAUCGCUCAAAUUGGCCGAAACGAUUGCCGAAGCGUCCUCCAACCCCAAAUACUUCACCGCACAAGACAAGCAUGGACGAACGCCGCUCCAUGUCGUCAUGGAUAAUGCCAGCAAAAAGGAAUCCGUCGCCAUGGUACGGCUCUUGCUCAAUGGGAGUCGUGCGCCCAAGAAAUACAAAGAUCGGCGCUUGAGAUAUCCACUCUCUUGUUUGGUGGAUGUCGAUAUCGCAUUGAGCAGGGCAUCUGUAGAACAGACCAAUGUCAAGGAGAGACAACAAAAUGUUUUAAAUUGCUUUGAUGCCUACAUCGAAUAUAUUAGUCUUCUGGACUAUUAUUCCCACGACGAUCCUGACCGACGGUUCUUUUUAAUCAUGGGGUAUCUCCCCGAUUGGAUUCUACAUCACGCGGCUAUAUCAUCGUCGGUACAACUAUUGGUCAACAAAAAAGUUUGCAACAUUGUCACGGUCGCUAGUACAUCCAUCCAUUUUGCCUGCUUGGUAUCCAUUCUCAUUGGUCUCCAAGUGAUUUGGUCGUCCCGUGAUGAACACUCCAAACUGGCGGGAGCCUACACGGCCUACGUUGGUGCCUCCGUCAUUAUUUUAUCCAAGGUUGCGCGGUUGGCCGUGCGCAUUUCCAAGGGCAAAGCAACUACCUACGUCCUCCGUCACCCCUCCGAUGUCGCCGACUUUGUCAUGGGCAUCCUGGUUUACGUCAUUUCACUUCGCCUCGCAUUUGAUGUGCUACCCGACUCGGAAAGCGUACCCUAUCUGUGGAGCGUGGCUUCGGUGGUUUGCGUGGGAUUGGCAUGGUGUAGUGUGGUCAAUUUCUUUCGAUUUGUCUCGGUCGACUUUGCCGAGUUGAUGGAUGGUAUCCUGUCAACACUGCGGAAAACCGUCAUUUUCAUGAUUGCAUUUACGAUUGUACUCUUGGGCUCGGCACAGGGGAUGAUGAUUGCCACGGUAGAUUCGGAAGAAUGCAUCGACGGAGAGAAUGACUUUUGUACCCUCUCGGGGGCCAUGAUGAAAACGUACACCAUGAGUGUCGGUGAAGUCAAUGUCGACGAUAUCUCCCAACUGUGGCUGGCUAGAACAUUGUUUGUGAUCUUUAUCUACGGUGUUGUGGUCCUCAUCGCUAACGUUUUGGCAUUUAUCAUUGGGAACGAUAUCUGGCGAAAGCAGUUCAGUGAGCGGGACUUUUGGUACAACCGGAUCCAAGUCCUUGCGGACUGGGCCAGCAUUGACCGAUUCGAUAUGCAAUUGGAGUCGCGUAUGAGCAGCGGCUUGAAGUCUAGGUGGAGAAAGUUUGCCUCCAUUUUCGAGGACAAAAACUUGAACAUGUGGAACUGGGACUUUUGGAAAAUUCUGUCGUUGCGAGUAUUGGCUUUGGUUGCCAUGUGCUUUUGGGUCAUCGCAGGCUUUCUCAGUUUUGGAGUGCUGUGGCCGCCGCAAGUACGAGAAUAUGUCUUUUGGGUGAACGUCAAACUACCCGAUACCAAGACCCAACCCAAGGAAACUCCAAAACCAAAGAGGGGCGCCACAACUAAGAAGAUUACGCCCAAGAGUACUCAGUUUGUGGAAGCCAUGUCAGGGAAAAAGUUUGAAGGCUACGAAACAAUGAAAAAAGACAUUAAGAAGCUGGAAGACAAGCUCGAUCAUCUCCUAGCAUUUUUGGAGAAGAACAAGUCAUCGCUGGUGUCGACAGAUUCGUCGCUUGGUAGCAACAGCUUCUAG